AUGCAGCGACCGGUUUGGGCUUGCACCAUCAAAGUUUUCCCGGCAAUGUCAGAAGACCCUGCACCUCAUCCUCCCCUCUCUUUCACUCAACCCCCCGCCUCCUCGCUUAGCACACUCUUUCCCAUGGGACGGCUUCACGUUCACACAUCUAAUGCAAUGUACUGCCGCAGUGACUUGUUUUGCCUGCCCAUUAAGCCUAAGCACGAGCAGCAUUUAGCCAUGAACUGGAACGGUGAUGGAGACGGAGACUCCCGACUCCCGACUCCCGACUACCGGCUACUCUGA